AUGGCGACUAAAAUCAAUCUUAUCGCGAACCCGCAUUACCAGAAGUCCGGCACAAAGUCGUACUUGUACGCCAUGCGCAAGUAUCGCUUCACCCCAACUAAAGGCGGCCCGUAUUUCCUCGGCACUACAAUGGUACAGACUGGCCGACAGUUCACUGAUAAGCCCAUCGGAGGCCGUGCUCGGUUGCUGCAGGUGCUGCAGAAGAAGGACGCCGUUAGCGACCAAGUUGGACAAGUGGGUGUCCACGAUAUCCAGAAUGACUCGAUGUAUCUUGCAGAAGUUGGUAUUGGUACACCUGCACAAACGCUUAAUUUGGACUUUGAUACUGGGUCUGCGGAUCUAUGGGUCUGGUCCACGGAGUUGUCGUCUAAGACUUUGUCGGACAACAAGAACCAUACAGUCUUUGAUCCGACCAAGUCUGUUACUUUCAAAGAGAAAGAUGGCUCAACGUGGCAGAUUAAGUACGGUGAUGGCUCUUCUGCUAGAGGCACGGUCGGCAACGAUAAUGUCAACAUCGGCGGGCUGGUGAUCAAAGACCAGGCUGUUGAGAUCGCUGAUAUAUUGUCCGAUCAAUUUACACAAGGUGCUGGGGAUGGGCUACUGGGACUUGCGUUCGGUAAUAUCAAUACUGUCAAGCCCGAGGCCGUGAGCACGCCUGUGGAGAAUAUGAUCUCGCAAUCCGACAUCCCGAAGUCAGCUGAGAUCUUCACCGCAAAGUUGGGGUCAUGGCGAGACUCUGAUGAGCAGGAUAAGGGCGAGUCAUUCUAUACUUUUGGUUAUAUUGAUCAGGACACGGUGAAGGCCGCUGAGGCAGAGAUCUCCUACACGUCUGUCGAUAACAGUCAGGGAUAUUGGCUGUUCGAUUCUGCAUCAGCAACAGUGAAUGGGAAGUCGGUCUUUCGGGCUGAAAACAAGGCUAUUGCUGAUACAGGGACUACUUUGGCACUGGUGGAUGAUGAAACUUGUCAGGCCAUUUAUGAUGCUAUCCCCGGGGCGGAGUAUGACGAUGACAGCCAGGGAUGGAUCUUCCCAUCCAACACAUCGGCUGAUAAGUUGCCUGUUAUCUCUUUUGCUGUUGGUGAUACGCAAUUUGUUGUGCAGAAAGAAGAUCUCGGAUUUGCGGAGGCUAAGUCUGGUUAUGUCUAUGGAGGCAUCCAAAGUCGGGGUACUAUGACCAUGGAUAUUCUAGGUGAUACUUUCCUGAAGGCCAUCUAUGCAGUCUUCGAUGUCGGUAAUCUUCGCUUUGGUGCUGUACAGCGCAAGGAGCUUCAUCAGGAUCUCGCUGUGCCUUCUGAGUCUAGCUAG